AUGGGCGUCUUUCUCCAGAUCAUCUCCGUGUGCGCCACACUGGCGGCGCUGUGCAUGAUGGCGUCGCCCGUGGUUACUGUCCAGAGGAUGCGUGCCGCCAAAUCGGUUGGGAGCAUGACAAUCACCUUCUUUUGCGCGCAGUUCCUCAACUGCAACGUGUGGAGCAUGUACGGCGUGCAAAUGCUGGCCCUUCCGGUGAUCAUGUGCAACACGUUCGGCUCUGCCGUUUCCGCAUAUUGCAUCCUGACGUUCCUGACAGUGGCCCGCAUGGAGGAGAAGGCGGGCCAUGUGCUCAAGUCGACGAGCUAUGUCGCCUCGUUGAAGAUGGCGACGCUCACCAUGUUUCUAAUCACAAUGCUCCUGGUGCUGUUUCUCUAUCUCAUGAGCUUCUCGAGCAGUGACUUUUCCGCACAGCUGAACGGCAUCCUGAGCGGUUGCUGUAGUGUCUUGAUGCUGAGCUCGCCGCUAGUCAUGGCAAAGGCAAUCAUCCGCGAAAAAAACGCCGAGCCGCUGCAGCCGGCGACUGUCAUGUUUGCGACGCUGAAUAGCGUGCUGUGGACGUUGUACGGUCUGCUGAGCCUGGACAUGUACAUCACAAUUCCCAACGUUCUCUGCACCCUGGCGUGCAUCUUCCAGAUCUUCCUGCUCGUCCGGUACGGUCGUCACCCCGCAGAGCAUAUCGAGAUCACUGCGACGAUAGCGCCGGUCCCCCUCGACUAG